AUGGAUUCUACAAUUAGGACCAACUCCCCAAUGAUCACCAACGAUAGACAUCAAAUGGCCACACAAUUUCCAAACGCUGUUGCUGCUGCCAACUCACCAGCACAGGCACAGGCACAAGCCCCUCAGCAACAAGCCACCUUCUUGUCCAUACUAAAGGAGGGCAAGAUGCAAUUGCAAGAGAUCAACAUGGCGUCCAAACCAGACAGUCCCAUCGAGUGUCUGCUAAAGUCGCUGAUCAUAUGUACAAACCAGUUCCUGGCCUAUGCCGACCAGUACCCCAACAACUUUACACAAUUCCUGCCGGAGAAUAUGAAGCUUCCGAUGAUCACCAUCGACAUGUACAUUGCCAGAAUAUUGAAAUACUCGCCGUGCUCCAAGGAAUGCUUUAUCACCACCCUCAUGUACAUAGACCGACUCAUCACCAAGCGUGGAUUCGUUGUAAAUAGUUAUAACAUCCAUCGAAUCCUCAUCACUGGUAUUCUCGUAGCUGCAAAGUACCUUGAUGAUAUAUUUUAUAACAAUCACUUCUAUUCGCAAGUCGGAGGAGUGUCCGUGAAGGAGAUCAAUAGUUUGGAACUUGACUUGUUGAAGCUGCUAUCGUUUGAUGUCGGCACCGACUUCCAGACUUAUAUAGAGUACUCGUCGGCGAUGGAGAUGUACAGCCAGAGGAUCCAGCAACACUUGUGUGUUCCUGUGGCCUCAUCACUGCCCGUUGCCUUUCCAGAUGUCAACCUCCUAGACAGCAUAGUAUUCCUAAAGGAUUCGCCUUCAAAGGACAAGAGACACCCCUCUAGACCAUCACCAAACACUCAACAUCAAUCCACAUCAUCAUCAUCCUCCUCCUCUUCAUACACCCACCCAAACUGUCAAACUGCCUCAUCAUGUAGUAGUAGUAGUAGCAAUCACAACAACAAUCACAUCACCACCAACAGCACCAUCGGUAAUAAUGUAAAUAACUAUAUCAAUACCAAGUCCAACUGCGACGACUCGAGCAAUAAGCCAGCCUAUCUACACCAAUCCAUCCCUUCCUUUCGAUACCAGCCUCAACCCGAUUGCGUCGCU